AUCGAGGGAAGAAUAGCAUGUAAUUUAUUAUUGUGUGCUAUUUUUAAACUACGAUAUGCAAACUGCGUUCAUGACUUUGAAAGCUAGAUUGCAUAUUAAUAGGUUAAAUCAGAAUAUGGAAUCAGCCGUUCGGAGAUUAUAGUUUAUCUCCUCCAUUUGGAAGGGAAUCAUCGAAGAAGAACAGGAACAGCUUUCGGAUCGAUACAUGGGAUCAUGAAAACAAUGGCAUUCUUCUUAGGAAGCGGUGGAACUUUUCAUCGAGCGCUAAUGUUUAUGCUCAAACUUGGCUGGCAAUCACGGUUUCGUCUACCGAUGCUCCUGGUCAUCGUGUUUGUCGCCAUGGACUAUAGACUUCAAUUGGAAAUUGAAUUUGAAAACAAUCCUGAACAGCAUAAUCAUGCGUGAUUAACAGUUUAGAUUUACAUCUGAAUUAUUCGUACAUUAUAUGAUGAAACUGAUGAAAGUUUUAAAUUGCUGCAUAGAAAAUGCAAAAGCUGCUUCUCGCUGCAUACAUAAUAAGAACUUCAAGGAUAAAGAAGCAUUGUUCAUAUCUUUAUUCAGUUCUAUUGUAAUAAUUGUUUUAGGCUGAGAGUGCGUUGAAGUUACAUAAAAGAUUUAUUAAUUAGUAUUCAAUACUAUUCUCAAUUUGUAUAUCAUGUUACAAAGAAGGUAAAACACGUUUCAAACGAAUAGCUAAGCUCUUGAGUGAAUACCAAUGGUCGAUAACUGCUUAAUUUUACUUUUUUCGUACUUUUUACUUUCAUGUCGUAUAUUUAUUCGAUUCUGUAACAUUGAAACAUCCGAGUCUUAGCUUUAUAUUAAGUUAUAGCUUAGACUGUUAAAUGAUUAUCUUCUGAAAUGUGGAUUAAAGAAGGUAGAGAAUACAGUCAUUAAAUUCUUUAUGAUUAUUUAUUAAUUGGAAGAAAUUCAUGUAAAUUACGUGAAUAUGUGUAUAUAUUAAAAAGUUAAGAGUAUAUGUACAGAUUUAGAAGAUAUAAAUGAUUAAAGAAGGCUGAACUAUUACUUUGAUUUUCCCUUCAGUAUAUUACGUUUCGUUUGAUGAAUUGGACUACGUCAUUCAGGAUUUAUGAAAGCACGGAAUAAUAUUCUAUGUAUGAGCGUGUAUUAAAUACAUCACUUGCGUAUAAUUCCAUAGGAGAUUGAUUUUUUUAUUAGCUAACACAUUUUCACAUCGUCCGUCCAGGAUUACAUACGUAGACGUAAGUUAAAUAUAAUGUAAUUAAAUAUGAAUCAUCAUAUAAAAAUUGUUGUAACGAUUGUUUGCUGUAAAUCUGAACCAUCCAGCACUUUAAAUAUUGAAUGUUAAAGAUACGAUUUACAUGUGUACGUAUAAGUCGUAAACAUCCGACGCAAUAAUCAUUGUUUUAUCAAAUACAAAUAUGUAGUUGUAUUCGAUAUUGCUGAGCAAAUGAACUAAAUAAACCAUUAUUUUUAUAAAUAUCCUCUCUCUCUUUAUUAGUAAAAACCAUUUGAAUUUGCAAACAUAAUAGGCGUUCAACAGAAUACAAUUAACGAAGUGUUGUAAUUCGUAUGCUAGUGUUACAUACACUUCGAAGACAAUCGUGAAUCACUUUAGGUACGAAACUCUUUCGUAAUUGGAAAGAUAUUUGUUGGCUUCUCGACGAAUAUAAAAGAUACUUGUGUAGCUAGGACAAUGACAGUGUUACGUUACUCCUUAACGAUUCAUCUUAUCUAACGAGUAGUUCAACGUUGUCAAGGUGUAUAACGUUUAGUAUGGCAUCGAAUUCGAUCUACUUUAUCUUUCUGAUUACGAUCUCGGUUUUCACGUCGAAAACCGUAGGAUCCACCGAAUUAAUAACUAGCGUUCAAAGGCCCAUAAUUGUGACGCAUGGUUAUCCCACUAUGAUUAAAUCGUUACAAGCUGACUCGGACGAAAGCGACGGCAGAUUUUGUCAGAUCGAAUACCAAAUAACCAGGAAGAGGGCAGGAAAAUGCGUGAAAGUCAGGGAUGGUGUGAUCGGUUGCGUUUCCGGGGAUUACAUGAACCCGUUUCACCCCGACUGCUUUUAAAUUUCUUUUCACCGGAUCGUUUUCUCAUUCCAGAAAAGAUUGAUUAAAAAAUUGUCAUUCUGUACCGCAUUACUUUUAUCAAUAAAACAGAAAUGUGCACCUU